AUGGCACAAGAGGACGAUGAAGAAGAUAUAGCAUUUAAUGUUGAGGAAGUGCAGAAGAUUGUGAGAGAUAACAUUGAAUUCUGCUUGGGUGGAAAUAUCUACAGUCAUUCACGUUGUCCGCAAUGGUUUACUAUUAUAACGGAAAAAACUCUUGCCAGAUUAAAUAAGCUUAACAAGCCUUUUAAAUACAUACUCAGAAUGACAAUAACUCAAAAGAAUGGUUCUGGUCUACACACUGCAGCCGCUUACUUUUGGGAUAUAGCGACGGAUGGGACUUGUACAGUGCGUUGGGAGAAUAAAUAUAUGUAUUGUAUCGUUAAUGUAUGGGGACUGGCGCUUCAACUUUAA